AAACAGCAGUUGGGAUUUAGGGGAAACAAAAUAGCGCAAAAGAAAGAACCUCCAAACGUCCCAACUUCUCUGAAUCUGGUCCAGCUCUCCACCCAUCCUGAAAGGAAAAGGGGAAAAAAAAAUUUACUACUGAAUCCUCACUUUCUUGGCCAAUCUGUGAUUUUAGAAACUCAGAGAUUGAUUUAUGGCCUUCGGGAUCGGAAACUAGAAGUAUUACGAAUUGGGUAUUUGCCAAAAAGAUCAAUUUUUGUUUUCAAGAGGGAACGUUGGUUUUUGUUGGAUUGAUUUGUGAUUCAAAAUUGUUGUAAUAAAAGUUUGCGUUUUGUUGUCUUCUUGUCGUGCUACUGUGUAUAUAAGGUUGCCUGUCUGUUUGGCUUGUGUUUGGAGUUGAGAGAUGGGUGGAAUUUUGUGGAAUGAUGAGGAUAAGGCUACGGUGGCUGUGGUUUUUGGAACUAAGGCUUUUGAUUACUUGAUGUCAAGCUCGGUUUUGGCCGAAUGUUCAUUAAUGGCAAUGGGAAGUGAUGAGAAUUUACAGAAUAAGCUUUCAGAUCUUGUGGAGCAUCCUAAUGCAGCCAGUUUUAGUUGGAAUUAUGCAAUUUUCUGGCAACUUUCGCGAUCGAAGUCCGGUGACUUGGUCCUAGGAUGGGGGGACGGGUGUUGUCGAGAGCCUCGUGAAGGUGAAGAGUCUGAAGCAACUCGGAUUUUGAAUUUUAGACUCGAGGAUGAGACUCAGCAAAGGAUGAGGAAAAGAGUUCUUCAGAAGUUACACACACGGUUUGGGGGAACCGAGGAAGAUAAUUAUGCUUUUGGACUGGAUAAGGUUACGGAUACUGAAAUCUUCUUCCUUGCGUCCAUGUACUUUUCUUUCCCUCGGGGAGAAGGUGGCCCAGGAAAGUGUUUUGGAUCUGGAAAACAUGUUUGGUUAUCGGAUGCAUUGAAGUCCUCGUUUGAUUACUGCGUAAGGUCGUUUCUUGCAAAAUCUGCUGGUAUGCAAACAAUUGUUUUGGUUCCUACUGACGUUGGAGUGGUGGAAUUAGGAUCCGUGAGACCGGUCCCAGAAAGCUUGGAACUUGUGCAGAUGAUAAGAUCUUCCUUUUCUUCACAUUCGUCCCUUAUCAGGACAAAUCAAGCCGUGGCUCAGCCUGUGGGAAUUGAUAGAAAAGAUGGAGAUGGCCCAAAUUCUAAUUUGGUAAUUGGUAGUCGCCCAGGAGUAGUGCCUAAGAUUUUUGGUCAGGAUAUGAAUUCCGGUUCUGUGCAGUUCAGGGAAAAGCUUGCUAGUAGGAAAUUGGAUGAUAGGCCAUGUGACGUAUACGGAAAUGGGAACAGGCUGCCAUUCGCACAUGCUAGGAGCGGUUUUCAUUGUUCAACUUGGACGCAAUUGGGUAAUGUAAAGCCAGGGAACCCGGUAGAAAUUUACAGUCCUCAGACCGCAGCAAAAAACCAAUACGAGCUUGUUAGCAGGGCAAAGGAAGAGUUUCAACUCAGCAGUUUUCAGCAUCAAAAGCCGGGGCAAAUGCAGAUUGAUUUUACGGGAGCAACUCCGAGACCUAUAACUUCCGGACCUCUAAAUGUUGAUUCUCAUCGUUUAGACGCUGAGGUUUCAUGCAAUGAAGAUCUCCUUGAUGAGAGGAGGCCACGAAAACGUGGUAGAAAGCCUGCCAAUGGAAGAGAAGAGGCUCUCAAUCACGUUGAGGCAGAGAGGCAACGGCGAGAGAAACUCAACCAACGGUUUUACGCAUUACGAGCAGUUGUGCCAAAUAUUUCCAAGAUGGACAAAGCAUCCCUUUUGGGAGAUGCCAUUGCUUACAUAACCGAACUGCAGAAGAAGCUGAAGGAUAUAGAGUUGGAGAAGGAAAAAUUAGGAAAUAUCUCACAAGAGGCAAAGAUUUCGGAAACAAAACCAAAUUCGGAAAGGCAGGAUCAACCUCCUAGCAUUGACAUUCGGUCGGUCCAUGAUGAAGUCAUUGUUAGGGUGAGCUGUCCGUUGGAUGCCCAUCCGGUAUCAUGGGUCUAUCAAGCAAUUAAGGAUGCAGAGGCAACCAUUGUUGAGUCAAAGAUCGCCACUGGCAAUGACCAUGUUUUUCACACAUUUGUCGUCAAGUCACAUGGAUUAGAGCGAAUAACUGAGGAAAAAUUGAUUGAAGCAUUUUCCCGUGAGUCCAAUCCCCGUCAAGCAUCAAAAUCUGUUGGAUAACAGUAAUAUUGUCUUUAACAAAGGCUUAAUGGGUACUGGGUAGUGCAUCAAUAUGUGGAAAUUGCCUGAAGUUUUUUUUUUUUUUUUUUUUUUUUUUGAAAUACAGGAAUUAAUAGUAGGAGUAGAAAAAUAACUCCGUCUACUGUAUAGGAUAGCAUUUUAUUAUUGUUUAUAUGACACAUUUUGUCAUGAAGAGUAAUUUUGGAAGAUAAUAUUAAAUUAUUAUGUUUAA